GCAUUAGCAUUGAUGCAUAAGGUGCAAGUGGGUGUUGUCUUUGAUCGUGUGUUUUUUCUGCAAUUGGCUGGGAAGUAUAUUUCUUUGGAAGAUAUACGGGAUGCUGAUCCACGCUUGUAUGAUAGCUGCAAGCAGAUCUUGGAGAUGGAUGCCGAGUUUAUUGAUUCAGAUGCCUUAGGACUGACAUUUGUUAGAGACGUGGAGGAGUUAGGAUCCAGGAAAAUAGUGGAGCUUUGCCCCGGUGGGAAAUGUAUGGUUGUAAAUAGCAAAAACAGGGAGGAAUAUGUUAAUCUUCUUAUUCGGCAUCAAUUUGUCACAUCUAUCUCUGAGCAGGCAACUCAUUUUGCAAAAGGUUUUGCUGACAUUCUUUGUAAUCCGAGACUCCAGAAGUUCUUUUUUCAAAGUUUGGAGCUUGAAGAUCUUGAUUGGAUGCUGUGUGGAAGUGAAAGUGCCAUAUGUGUUGAUGAUUGGAAAGCUCAUACCGAAUACAAUGGCUACAAAGAAACUGAUCCUCAGAUCGUCUGGUUCUGGAAGGUGUGUCUACAAUUUCUCAACCUCUGUGAUAUGAGGAGCUUUAAGUUCAGUUGGCCUUCACUUUUAAAAAAUUUCCUUAAAAGCCACUUUUCUGGUUUGAUUUUUCAUGUUGGUUGGUGCUCUUUAAGUUAUGGAGAAUGUUUUUCAUUCUUGGUAUCCAAGCACUUGGGGUCAGGUGAAGAUGAGAAGUUGGUUUUAUAGAAUAAUUCUUUUGGUUUUUUUUUAUCUUCUGCUGCUUGUGAAAAUAUGAAUGAAGCUCUUAUUAGAAUUAAGUAAACUUCUAUGAAGAGUGUUGAUGAAGUCUCUUACUAGAUCUAUAAUGAAGUUUGGGAUUUUGAAAUUUGGUUGGACCAUUUAUUCAUGGUUUUUUGUUCCUCUUAUGAAUUCCACUAUUUUUACUAUUACAUGAUUGUUAUUGUUUACAAAUUGUGCUGAGAUGCUUUAGACUAAUGUUUGUUUUUCUUUGCUUUGAAGCUAACAUUAUCAUACAUGGGACUACUGCACCGAUUUAGGAUAUUAUAUUACUAGAUCAAUGGCAUGCCUGUUUCCUUUUUAUAUUGGAAAUUUUAAUUGGUGUUGUAGCACAGAUAAAAGUGAAGUAUCUAAAUAGGAUAUUUAAGGUCUACUUGAAAAUGAGAUUUCUAAUAAAGGAUGUGGUUUGAGUAGGCAACUGAUUGAUCUCCAUCUGGGAGAGUCCAUAAUAAUGAAUCUGUUGCUUGACCUGGCUGAUGAGUGGGCAGGGGAAAAUGAAUCAAUUCUUGAAUUAUUAAUAUCUAGAUGAGAAAAGAAACACAGCAAAAUCAAAAACUCAAAAUAUUACUUUUGAUUAGCAUACUGAAGGCAGAAACUCAAAACUUUGAAUAGUCUAGUUAGAGCGUUGACUUUGACUUGACUUUGCUCUGAGGAAAUUCUGAUUUGAGUAGUAAUAUUUAUGGCAGUGUCUGUUCCCACUUGAUGACAGUUUUCCAUGGAUCUAAAACAGUGUUUAUUAUUAUUAUGUAUUAAUUUGAUAUUAUGUGCUCA